AUGAGUGACAAUACCGCAGUUCUUCUGCAAGCGAUGCGAAUGGGUGGCUCUCUCCCACCGGAGAUUGUCGAUUACAUGUACCACAAUGGUGCGUUUCUGCUCUUCCUCGGCUUUCCACAAGCAUCUGAAUUCGGAAUCGAUUACAAGUCAUGGAAAACAGGCGAGAAAUUCAUGGGAUUGAAAAUGAUUCCUCCUGGUGUUCAUUUCGUAUACUGCAGUAUCAAAUCAGCACCAAGAAUCGGUUUCUUUCACAAUUUCAAAGCUGGAGAGAUUGUCGUUAAAAAGUGGAACAAUGAAACCGAAACAUUUGAAGAUGAGGAAGUUCCAGCAGAUCAAAUCACAGAGAAGAAGCGACAGCUGAAGACUAUGGACAACUCGUUGGCUCCAUAUCCAUACGAAAAUUAUCGUAGUUGGUAUGGUCUCACUGACUUUAUCACAGCUGCAACCGUCGAACGAAUUCACCCGGUUCUCGGUCGAAUCACUUCACAAGCAGAGCUUGUAAGUCUAGAAACAGAAUUCAUGGAGAAUGCCGAAAGAGAGCACAAAGAGACACAUUUCCGAAAUCGAGUCGAUCGAGAGAAUCCAGUUCGAACUCGAUUUGUUGAUCAGCACGGCCUUCCGAUUAUGAAAAUUCGUGAGGGAUACGAGAUUCGUUUUCAAGAAAUUCCAGCGCUAUCGGUCAGCACAAACCGGAUAGGCGUCGAAUACUCCGAUCGUCUGUAUCGUCUUCUUCGAGGACUUGGCGGUGAUUACAAACAACUGUUGGCUGAAAUGCAAAUCGCAUUCGUUUGUUUCUUGCAAGGUCAAGUGUUCGAAGGAUUCGAACAAUGGAAACGAAUCAUUCACCUUAUGUCGUGUUGUCCGAAUUCAUUAGGAUCUGAGAAAGAGUUGUUCAUGGCCUUUAUCAGAGUUCUCUUCUUUCAACUAAAAGAGUGUCCAACCGACUUCUUCGUCGACAUUGUCUCUCGUGACAAUUUCCUCACCACAACCCUCUCGAUGCUAUUCGCCAACGUUCGCGAGUCUGCUCAUGCUGGGGACGAGUUGAAGAAGAAGACUGCGCAGUUCAAGCAGUAUCUGACGAAUCAAUUCAAGUGGGAUUUCGAUUGUGAAUAA